CAAGCUAACGCCUCAACAACCGCCAUUUUGUAACUGUUACCUUUCGCUUUUGACAUCGCCAUAACAACGGCCCGCAGCAUCCGUUGGCUGCGUCGUCACGGCAGGCAGGCAGGCAGGCAGACAAUUCACUGACAACCCAAAGACGAGUGGGCGCACUCGGCAAAUGCCACACGACAAAUUUUCGUUAGCUUCAAGAGUAAUGUGAUAGAAUCCAGCUGUCUAUUGUGGCUACAGAAACAACAAGGGUAAAAAAGCGCACUUCAUGUCAUCUAGUAAUGGACGUCAAAUGUCCCCAGUGUGGACUUCACCUGUGGUUCCACGUGUGUUUUUCCUGGCGGUAAAAUGUCGUCUUUUAAAUUUAUGGCCGUUUCAGUCGUUGUUGUUGUUGAUUCUCGUUGCCGGGUUCUUGUCGCCAGGGCUACCGUGGCUAUGGCGCCUCGUCCUCACCAGGGCAACUGUUGCUACCCACCCCGCUCCCUUCCCUCCCCCUUCUUGUCUCUGAUUGGCCUACUACGACCAAAUUCUCUUAAAGGGAUAGUAGUAGCACGGUAUCGCUACAAAGACCUGCACGCCCAUUUCUAAGCAGAUACUAUUGAUAUUAUGUUUUCCUAAAUAUGUUCUAAAAGAAUCUUAACAUUACUACAAUCAUUAAUAUUCUCUGUAAUGGUAAUGUUUAUUUCAAACAUGCUUAACAAAAUUGCAUUAUGGGACGUCACAUGUUUACAUUAGCACAAUUCAACAUGUUUGAAAAGGAGUAGGAAGAAGUCAAGUCUAUUUAAUCCUAACACUUCUUCCACGUGUUGGCAAUUAUUAAGUCUGUUUACGCCCUGUGUUUAACCAUGUUUCCAUUUUCUAAAAGCAAAAGAAAAAUGUUAUAAUGGGUUGUAGGUAGGGAAAUAGUCUUAUAAUGGGUUGUAGGUAGGGAAAUAGUCUUCCAGCAUUUAGUUAUUUAAUUAAUCUAAAAGAGGAACAGUUGUGUGUGUGACUUGGUUACAUUACUACCUAACUUCCAUUGUACAUGACAGGAAUUAAAGUGACAAGUAUGAUCUCAUUUUUUAAUGAAUGCCAUUCCUGAAAUGCCAAAUUGUUCCCUGGCUUUUGUCAUAUUAAUUGCAAAUUCAUCAUGCUAUUGUAACUUCCCAAAUGAGCGACCUUUGACUAAUGGCUACACAGAUAAAAAGUGUUUUAUUUUGUGUGACUCAUGAGGAGAGAGGUCUAUGUUAUCGAACUUUUGGAAAUGUCACCUGUGAUGUCUCUCUUCUCCCAGCUCACAUUUUUGUAAAGAAAUGACAGGAUAGGCCAUCACCAAGGAGCAAAAAGGGUAGUUCUGCACAUGAGGACGUCAUACAUAAUUAGUCAUUUGUGGCUGGAAAUUAAACAUAGAUAACGGUGAACUGCUCUAAUGUAGUCAUGUACGUAUGAUCUGGCUUCAAGUAGGGGAUUAGGUAAGGUAAACAGGAUCCAAUGAUCAUGAAAAAAGACUCAACACUGUCAAAGUGGUAUUUAUUGAACAAUGUGUUAGUUGUAGUUUUCAGCAGUGUAACUCUCAUCGUCAUGUACCACUAAAUAAAGGUACAACCACAAUAACUGCAUUGCCUUUCAAUAGGAUGCAAUCUUGAAUCUUGUUGUUCAGUUAUACCCAAGUAAGUCGAAUUACAUUUUCGUAACAACUGGCCAAAUGUUAUUUUUGUUAUGCAGCUCACUCCAUUUGCCUAUUAUUCAAGUGAUUGUCAUUAUGAUCCAUAAAAGUAUACUUUUGAUUCAUCGUUAUGGCAUGUUUUACUUAUGAAACUGAGGUGACGAAAGCACUUCACAGUCUUCCGACCUUUGGUCCGCUUUUCAUUCUUCAUAAAGGUCUCUGACUGUAUCUCCCUGUCAAAUCUUCCAUUCUCUGCAUGCGCAAUAUGCAUGUCGACCCGGCAGGAUUUCAAAGCCCUUUAUAAAGCCCCGCUCGGGUCACCCCCAGACAGUCAUAGCCGUUGCAAACAGGGAGAGAGAAACCUAAUUGCUUCAGAAAGCAUUCUAUAUACUUUGUCAUUGUUGUGCUGCUUUUCUUUCCUUGGGGUGCUAUGUGGAAAGUUGUGCUACUGGUAGCGUGUCUUCUGGCAAAGGAAGUUGAGACAAUGGAGGACCCAGUAUAUGGUGUCAAGCUCUGCGGUCGCGAGUUUAUCCGAGCGGUUAUUUUCACCUGUGGUGGUUCACGAUGGAGACGGUCACUCAGGACUUCAGAAGACCUUUUAAGCUCCCAUCAAGAACAGUCUUCGGAGGAAUUGAGCCAAAGUUCAGUGAUGGACAGCAUACUCCAUAGAAACAGGGAUCGGGAUUUCAUAUCAAGAGAAAACCACGACAGAGUCUUCAACCGGCCAACACGUUCUUUUAUCACCGAAGAGAUCCUAGAAGCUCUGCGUAAAGCGGACCGCAAGGGCCGGGAUGUGGUGGUGGGUCUUUCCAAUGCCUGCUGCAAGUGGGGCUGCAGCAAAAGCGAGAUCAGCUCCCUCUGUUGAGAACUGUAGAUUAUUAUUAUGCACUUAACUUUUCUUAUGAGCUUUUGCUCAUUUUAUACCAUGUAAAAGCAUUUUUAUUUGUUGGAAUAUAAACGAAGUGGACCAAAAUGAUGUCAGAUUUUGUGUUUGUUCACAUCAUAUUUGUUUGUAGUCUCUUCUUCAA